UAAAUAGGCGAGAAAAGGUUGGAUACGAACUGUACGAAUGGUGAUUGGAAAUGGCUGAGCAGGAAAAAUCUUUCAAGGCAUUGCAGGAUGACGAGAGGCUGAAAAAGUUACAACGUCGUUUAAAACUGAAUCAAAUUAAAGGACUCAACGGUUCGUUGCGGCUAUUAUCUUCUCCUCAAUCGUCAAUGUCAGUCAUAUCGAGCAUCCAAGGCGACAGCGCGUUGUCAGACGUUAGCUAUUGUAGUCCGUCGUUCAACUCGUCUAGGGCAGGAAGCGUCAUAACUUCGAGUAUAAAUUUCAGAAAAGUUCUAUCGAAUAAUCUAAAAAUCCAAAGAUUGGUCAAUCCCAGUACCUCGUCGGUAAUGGAACAGAGUCUGGAUAGUGAAAAGAUGAAUAACGACAGAGCCAUGAUGCCGCCGCCGCCACCGUCGUCGUCGUCACUGGCCGUUGAUUAUCAUAAACAAAAAUCAUCCCAACUAGCAAAGCAGAGAAAACACCAUCACGAUUCGACUCAGGCUAUCGAUUCCGUGACCGGUACAUCGCCACUGCCCAAUUACGACGGUCAAGCUUCUUGCGGUGCCCGUAACUCGGAUAACUUUAUUCGAUGCGAAACGCCUUCUACCGAACCUAACGCGGCGGUAAAUUUUGGAUCCCCGAAAGAAGGGAAUAGAAGUAACGAAACUUCAAAACGAAACGGUAGACUUUUCAUGAAUUGGAUCGUCAGAUUAAACGAUCACGGGCAAAUAUGCAUCAAGGGAAAACUUGAAAGCGGAGAACACGUGCGGAGCAAAGCUGUGAAAAAGAGACUGAAUGCAACGACGGUCGUCUCUGUAAUGCAUCACAAGUAUCAUUUGUUGGGAAAUAUAUACGAUUUAAAAGAGGAACUUCCGGAGUACAUUCGUGGCAAAUUUUUCAACGGCUUUCCCACGGACUGGGAAAAUGUCCGACAAAUAUGGCAGAGCUAUGUCGCGUCGGGCUGCAGCCAACGCUUUAGAUGGCCAAGACCGAUAGCGGAUAGUGACGAUGAUCUCCUAAGCGAUAUCACAGACUUACCAAUCUUCCGUUCAACAAAGACUGAAACAUUACCUAAAACUCCUUUAUCGACUGUACCGUCCAAUGAAUUUGCCGCGAAAACAACAACGAACAGGUCAAGGAUCGACGAUGUUCCAGAAAUAGAUGUGAGCAUCGCGUCGGUUCAGUUAACGGAAGUUGAAAGUUCCAGUGUUCGAGCUAAAAUGACAGAGGCAUUGCAAACCAGUUGUAAGAAUUCUAUGGAACAAACAAGCCAAACUCUGGUCGAUCAUUCGAAAAGUAAUAAUCGACUGUCAAGUACAAAUACAUUAUCGAAGGAGGAACUUUUCUCACAAAAGUCUGCUAACAAUAUUCCAAAAUGGAAAAUUGAUGUCAUAAUCGAUAAUCUGAUGGAUAAAAAUUGUUCCAAGGAAUAUAUUCACAAAGUUAUCGAAGCUAUUAAUUGUAUCAACGAAUUGUUUACCAUGUCGUCCACAGAUAAUACUCAAAUUACACCCGAUAAAGCUAUUUCUGUAAAUAACAAGGAUGUAGAAAAAGUCACCGGCUCAAGAGAUAGAAGCAAUUCCAAGUUUCAAAAUACAAAACAAACAGCACGGGCGACAUCCGAUUGCAGUUCUUUGUCUUUGGCUAGCUCCAGUGAAUCUGAACCAGAAUUACCGCCGAUAAAAAACACAUUUAUGUGCCGUGAAACGACCAGGUUGAGAAAUAAUAAAACUACCAAUUGCAAAUCACCGGAAACACUGAAACCCCAAGUUUCUUCGAUUGCACAAAAAAACACACCCAAACGUAGCGAUCUCAUGAGUAAUAACCUAAGCGAUUCUAAUCUGGUCAGAGAAACAACUCCCAUACACGAUAGUAACCACCAGAAAAACAGAGAUUAUCGGGCAACACCAAGUUUAUCUAGAGUUGAAAGUCCAGGAAAAUUAAGUAAAAAACGUCGUUACAAUGAAAAAUUAAUCUUCGACACUACCGAUUCUGAUACGGAUAUAGCGAGUCAAAAUAACGCAAGAACUGGUCUAGUUAAUCACUCGUUUCCAGGAACCAAAGCUUUCAGAAGAAUCUUAGGACCAAAACAUUCGUCUGUAUCUACCGAAAAAAUAGUCAAUAAAGGCAAAGGUAUAUCUGGUGAGGUUGAUUCUGAUAUUUCGAUUAUUGAUUCUUGUAUCGGGCCUUGUCAAAAGACUACGGCAGUUAACAUUGAGAAAAGAACACACGAUUCGAGCAAACACAAUCAUCAGAAGGAAACGCCGAAUGAAAAGUUGCAACUUGCGAACAACGAAUGCAACGAUCAUGUUCAAACUGGUACUCGAUUAACUAAAGAUCUUGAAAAAUCAGUCGAUACAAGUAAUCCGAAUGUUACACCCGAACUCAUCGCUAACUCUUGCACAGUUCGGUUAACUAAAGUAAACCUCGAUCAGCAUAACGCCAGUUCAAAUAACAAUGGCACACCCUCUAGAUCAGAGAAAACAGCAUCUUUACGGAAGCGUCGUAAAGUAGUCAACGGUCGUGAGAACGAGAGACUCCCUGAUAGUGAUUCAGAGAAUUUUAGCAUGCGAAUGAGUUCUCGAGGCCGUCGUAUACUACCACGCCUCGAUUAUUGGAACGGUGAAAGAGUUUUCCUAAGAGAUCAGAAAUUAGUGUACAGCCCAGGCAUGCCCGACGCAACUUUGUCAUCAGCAAAUUCUACUAUUUCGAAAAAGUUAUUGACCUCACCUAAUAAAACAACGAUCUCUGAACCAACGUUACCACAAGCCACUGCUAAAAACUCUAACAGAACACCAAAAGUCUCAAAAGACUCGUCGCAAUUGGAGACUGAACAUAGAAACAGAAGUGGUUUGGGCAACGCGAGAAUUCUAUCAGAAAUAACAGAGAACCAGGGAUCAACCAGCCACCACUCAUGGACACGUAACGGGAGGGGCGGCAAGAGAUUGGUCAAUAAAUCGCCGACAAAUGAAAAACAAAGCAGGAGAAUGACACAUCGUCACGGACCGUCAAGUAGCGAGGAGGAAGCAACGCCUGUGGUUACCAGGAGAAAGAGACGAAAAAUUUAUUGAAAAAUAAUAUUGGGUCUUGAAACGGAUUCGAUGUUGAAUCUACGUUAAAAAGAGUAUACAAUAUAUGCGUUAGCUGGUGUCCUAACAAAUUACGUUAUGCUUUACCAAUUUAGUUAAGCUAAGAAACGAUUGUCGAAUAGAAAUCAAAAUUCCUUUCGUAAUCGGGGAUUUGAAUAUUUUUUAACGUUCGUCCAAAGCAAUUGGUAUCAACUAUUUGCUUGGAUUUUAAGAUACCAACUUUUAUCUUUUUAAUUCACAAAACUAACAUUUGAGCGAUUCUUUCAUGGAAAUAUACAUUAUUCACGAUUACCAGUGGCUGCUAGUCAAACGAAAAUCAUGUAAACCAUGUAAUCGAAGCUAAUAAAUGAGCAGAGUUUUUUGCCGUUCUGUGCUUU